GGGUACGACGCCCGCACCUUCUAUAACAGCACCGUCAUCGUGAUGGCAGAGUUUGCUUGGGGCAUCCUCGAGAUGGGAGAUCGCGCCUACGAUGUCUCGUGCAGGUUUGGGGGGACGCAGAUCGACACGUUAGAGUUCAACAUGCAAGUCCCAAACAUUAGCCCCAAUACGGUGACGUCAUCACCCAUCACGUUCAGCAGUUGCAACAUGAAGAUCGUACAAGGCAGAAAUCCGCUCGUGACGUCAGUCAAUGUCCUUGAUCUUGGGGACAUCGCCACUCUAGUGUUCUGGGUUGAUAAUCAAGGCGUCUUCGAUCUCUCCGUGUUCGAUUGCUACGCCCACGAUGGCAUGCAGAUGUCGCGGCUCGAGCUCGUCGAUGAAGCAGGAUGCCCCGCCCACAAGAAGGUGAUUGGCUUCACACAGCGAAGCACCGCCCUCAGUCCCGGCCACACAUACGUCUACGCACAUUUCAAGGCUUUCAAGUUCCCGGAUAUCGACAACGUCUUCUUUACCUGUCAAUGUCGAGUCUGCUUUGACCACUGCUAUGCGCCCGAUUGCGACGGCAACAGGAAGAAGCGUGAGGCGACGUCGACUAGCGACGACAACAAGGCGAAGGUGGUCGAUGCCGACGGACGCGAGUACAACAUGGGCGACUCGGUCGACGAGCAGCUGAUGGCAGAGACCAUCUACGUCAGGGUUCCGAGCGUCGACAGUGUUAUGUACGACGAAGAGACGGGUGAGAUGUUGAAACUCCGCCAUAAGGCGGUCACCAUCGGUGACCUCUGCGUUAAUCGAAUGACCUUCAUCGCCGGCAUCAGCGCAUGCGUCGUCCUGCUCUUCUUCGGAUUUCUCGCCGCGGCCGUGUGUCACGCGAGAUCUCGCCGAUCCCAAAAGACCGCCACUAAUACUGUAGAUAACUUCGGCUUCGCGGGGAAAUUCUAGCGUGUGACGUCACACCUUAAUGCUGUGAUGCGCUUCUGUGACGUUGCUCGUGCCACUGCGUCAUAGCGCGACUCUGUGAUAACGUACGCGACGCUACGUCAUCUGGCGUGACGCCGUGACCUAACAGAAGACGUUGUGACGCAAUGCGUAACGCUGUGUCAUAUCAGCUCACGUUAUGACGCAUUGCGUGACGCGGUGACAUAUCAGGUGACGUUGUGACGCAGUGUGUGACGCUGUGACGCAGUGCGCGGUGCAUGAACGUGAAGUAACGCCAUGAGAUGACGUUUGUCGCCGGUCGAUUGCAUUCUCGAUCGCGCUUGUGAUAGAAUCGAGUUUGCGACAACAGUUCCCGUACGAUGUUGUUGCUGUGCUUUUAGUAAAUCUUAGUGUUUGUGUAUUAUUGAGCCGAACCUCGUUGGAAAGAUUAUUGUAAAUAUUCACAGCUGUCUAUGCACUAACACUGUAUAUACUAGAGCACGCGGGUUCUGCGCUGCAACCAGAACAUCUCCGUAUAUUUGAUUGAUAUUCCGAUUACUGCUGUCUAUUUCUUAAUCCUGUUUUCUACUCGAACUGGACACUCGCGUCCAGUUCUACUUAUCUACGAAACACGUGCUUACUGGUAUUUUUUCCAUAGUAGUACAGAUGACCUCUGCUUUCGGUAAAUUAUUUCCUUAUAAUAAUGAUCCGUCGGGUUUACAAAAUUUAUUGUCUCUGGAUUAUGUGUGAUGAUUAUUUAUAAACGCUUUCAAUUAGUUUUUGUCUUAACUGUCGUGUAUUUUUCCUGCUUUUCGCUUUCCUUCGUCCUUCCAUGCUUCCUUCCUCUUCCGUUUCCGCUUUUCCUAUCUAGCCCUCACUGCGGCAUGACACCGCGCAGUUAUUGUAAUUGAUUGCUCUAAAACAUAAUAGAUUGUUAGCGA